AUGCCUACCUACUUCGCGCGUGGCGUCUCGGUGCGCCUGGGCGCGAUUCCGCUCAGUGAUACGACUACAGCAAAGAUCAUACUGAGAAAGGGGGAGGCAGCCAAGCAGCAGUCUGCAUUGGCUGAAAAGAGGCUGUUGGGGAGCAAGUUGUUGAAGGAAGAGCAAGUGCCUUUCCCCGGUGAUGAGGCUGCCUUCCAGCUCAACUGGCUUGCACAAGCGCCUUUCAUGCAGACCCGGGUCGGGAAUGACAUAUACGAAGAUGAAGCUUCUAGGGAUGUACAGGGAGCGACCAAGGGUGCGCAUCUUCUGCCUAAUACUAAGAGCACCACCGCGGCUAACGAUAGCUUCCCAGAUGUCUCGCAGCGCACACUGAAAGCACUUACCCUCCACGUCAACCUCUCCGACCAGACUUAUGUCUCCGGCCUCUACAACCAGAGAACAUCGCUCAAGAUCGAAGUCUUCUUCAAUGGAACACUCGCCGCAUGUUUGGCCAUGCCCAACUACGACGGCAAAUCUGGCUCGAAAGACCAUCACCAGGUUUUCGCGGGCACUAGAGUCGACUUUCUCGCUGAGCGGCCAUGGCUCAUCCUGCCACCCGGAGUCGCCGCAGAUGGCAGUACUGCGAAGAAGAACACACCACCUUCGGUAGAACAGCGCUGGCAACACAUUGGCCAGGCGCUCCAAGCUGAAGCACGCGAACGGGGUACCGACGAACAAGGCAACAUACCUCCUACUGCCGAGUUCCUCCACGCGCUUGCGACAACGCAGAUGCCGGAGCAAGUACACACUAUGCAGAGACCGGGUGGAAAGACGUUCGGAGUCAUUGACGUGGUCAUCACAUCUGGAGAGGGUAGGAAGCUCACUAGCGGCGUGGGCUACUUGAAGGCACCGAAGCGCAUGAUUGACGAGAGUUACCCGUUCGUGCUCGGAGCCGACGGCAGUACUAUGCAUCUACGUGUCGAUGCGCCUGGCAAGAGUGAGAGUGACGCGGAACCUCAAGAUACCAUCGAGCCGAGCUCAGAGGUCAUCGACGUCGAUGCAGAAGGCGACAGCGAUCCAGAGUAUGGGUCUCAUACAAAGAAACGGGCUCUCCGGUCCGGAGUGCAGACGAUGCGGGAUAUGUCACCUGUCUUGCCAUCAGCUCUAACCAUGGAACCCUUGACGCUGUCAAGUCCACCACUCGCCGGUGUCGGAUCAAGCAUUCCAGCACUGAUAGCACCAAACAUUACAGAUGCAAGAAUUACGUCUUCACCAGUUCGAAGAAGUGCAGAUACCUCCAACAUACCGCGCGCACCGGAGACUGGACGAGCGCAUACGCACGACGCAGUACGCAUCUCAGAAGCGGAGCUCACGUCGCGUGCAGGGUUCACUCCGAAGAUGAUGAAUCCAGAUCUGACCCCAAACUCGCAAACGCCUCACAUGCUCCCAUCACCAUAUACCUUUCAAUUCUCGGAUCCAACACUGGGAGGAGUCGCACCCAGUGAUCUCAUGCGUCAGAUACCGGGCGACAACGCCGGCCUGACGUCUAGUCCGCUCGAUCGCUUUCCCACGGCUUUUCAGGGCCCAGGUCACCAGUACGCAUCACCUUUUCCUACACAUUUACCAGGGCUCAGGCAAGCACCCUCAAGUCAUAGGCCGCAUGCGGGUUCUCUGCCUGGAGAACCACGUGGUGGCUUACCCGAAAGCCAAUACACGCGUCGAGACUACACCAUGUCCGGUAUGGGGCCCAACUUCUGCGGAGCUCCCGAGAGCUACAAGCCAAACAUGUUACCACAAGUCGCAAACCUCCAUGGAUAUCAGGAAUCUCGGCCACCACACCUGUCAUUUCCGCCGUUUGAUCGCAGACUGUCCCUGCCGUUACCGCCGGCAGAGCACGCGAAGACUGACCUGCCCCUCGCUAUCGACAACCCACAAGAGACCAGCGCUUUCCAACCGAAUGUUGUGUUUAAACAACCCGCAUCUACUGUCAAGAACUCCAUCCUAACGGGUGAACGACCUGAAGUAGAGGAGGUCAAGCUGCAUGGUGACCAGCUGGAUGCUGACUCAAGCAACCAGAGUAUACAUGCAACCGAAUCAAGACUCUCGCGUCGUACAACUUCUAGCAACAACAUUCUCAGUGUACAAGGCCCAAAGGCAAAUCCAUUCUGGUUCGAGGAUCCAGAAGAGAUACUUCGUGAAGCAUCUGCGCGACUACGUCGAUCUCGCUCUUUCGCCAAACCGAGAAACACGCCUGACGCAGCUCCAUCGUCCAAGAUCGCGAUACCGGUCGUCCAGAACUCUAAGAUCUGGGACACUGCUACAUCUUCUCCUCUAUCCAGCCUACAUACAACUCCUGAGCCUGAUAUGGAGCCCAUUUCAUAUACCCGGUCACCUCGAGCACCUAUUAGAUCGUCUCCUGCACCUAUUCCGCAAGCGGAUGGCUCACCGGAACGCAAAAACUUGCGCGGAUCACGUCGCGGCAAUGAAACUCCGUCUCCAGUGAAGCUCACUUCAACUCUAACGACACCUCAACUUGCGCGCCACGAACCCUCUACACCUCAAUCCUCGGCUACGAAGAAACGCAAGAACCUCAACCGCACCCUACCGAAGGAGCCUCGCAGUCCCACACGUCUGAAGACGAACAGCAACCCAUCGCUGAACCGGGAUUGUGUCAUCGCGUACGCAGAGAGCAAGGACAAGAAGAACAAACAGGGCAUUCUAAGGCAGGUGAAGAGUGAGAGGCAGGGAGUGUUCAGUGAGAACGAUGUCGUUUUUGCGGCCAGAUUCUUCGUGGAGGAAUGA